AUGGACUGCAGCUUUGAGAAAGACCUGUGUGGCUGGACGGUGGAGAAGAACAACACCCCCGGGCUGUAUGACGUCAUGGAGUGGAGGCGGGGCGAGGCUGUGGAGAAACAGCAGUUCUUCGAGCAGCAGCUCCUCACGUUCGGACCCAACGGGGACCACACGACUGGAAAACAAGACGGAACGUUUGUGUACGCCAUUCGUCCUAUCAACCCUGGAACCGUCACCUCGCUUGUGUCGCCUGUUGGUCGCGGUUUGAUGUGUGACCUGUCCUUCUUCUACCACAUGGGCUCUUCAAAUCUCGCUGACCUCAACGUGUACGUCGUCAAGUACGGAGAGAGAAUCAAACUCGGCAAAAUCUCCGGCUACCAGGGUUCCGAAUGGAAUCGAGCACUUUAUGACAUCGCCAAGUACACAGAGUUCGGCGAAUAUCAGUUCGCCAUCGAAGCCACAGAACCAAGAUCAGCCUACUGGACUGUUGGAUACGCCGUUGACGACGUGAAGGUUAUAAAAUGCAACCAGAAGAUUGAGUGUGAUUUCGAGACUGACAUGUGUGGCUUUGAGGUCGACCGCGACAACAGCAUCUGGGACCCCAUGGUGUGGCGACGAGGUGGCAGCAAGACCCAGUCAUGGUUCGGUGUCAUCAACACCAUCAGGGACGGGCCCGUUGGCGACCACACGUCGGGCACGAGCAAAGGUCACUUUGCGUACGCUGUCAAGUCGCUGGGAGCUGACACCGAGGCGUCCAUGCGCUCCCCCAUGCAGGACCGACAACUGUGUCACCUGGAGUUCUACUACUUCAUGCACGCCAAGUCUCUCAAACAGCUGAUGGUGAUCGUGAGGGCCAACACCGAGGACCACGUCAUCUUCAACGUCACCGGCGACGUCGGCAAUCACUGGAACCACGCGCUCGUUAGCAUCGAAGAUGCGACGAAGAUAGGUAGAUACGAGCUGAUGUUUUUAGCUCUGGAGCCUGGCGAUAUCUACUGGAGUGUUGGGUACGUCAUCGACGACAUCAACACGUACACGUGUGCUUGCGCGUCAUCUCCAUGUCAGAAUGGCGGGAACUGUACAAAUACCUUUAAAGACUACAACUGUACGUGUCCGCAGUAUUUUGUGGGCAAAAACUGCGAGACAAACACCAACCCGUGUCGCAAUCGGCCAUGUGUCAAUGGCGGCACGUGUUCGCCAAAGGGAGACAACUUCACGUGCAGCUGUACCCCUGGAUGGACUGGACAUAAAUGUGACGCCAACAUCGACGAAUGCGCGAGUUCGCCGUGUAUGAAUGGAACAUGUUCUGACCGAACCAAUGGGUUUGUGUGUGCCUGUGAUGCAGGUUUCAGCGGCAGGCUAUGUGACGAGGAUAUCGACGAGUGUAAAUCGAGCCCGUGCCAGAAUGGAGCCAGCUGUACUAACGGAAUCAACUCGUACACGUGCUCGUGUGUGACCGGCUUUAAAGGCGCACAGUGUGAUAUUAACAUCGACGAGUGCGCCUCCGGACCCUGUCAAAAUGGCGGCACAUGCGAGGACGAAAUCAACGACUUCCACUGUAUUUGUCAAAAAGAGUACGCGGGGUUGUACUGUGAAAUCAGAAACACUGUGGACUGUAAUUUCGAAGAUGACUUCUGCGGCUACUCGACCUCCAAGGCCAGUACCAACGAUUCACUGAAGUGGGAACGAGGGGCCGUCGCCAAAAAAGGGGCGUUCGGAAUGACCCGCGUCAUAUUCAUGGGACCCAGCAACGACCACACUCUGGGGACGUCGACUGGAAAGGUCGCCUACGCUAAAAGAACGUCUGACAACAGCAGCAACAAUGCCGUGAUGACGUCACCACUACAGCAGGGACGUAUGUGCUACCUGGAGUUCUUCUACCACCUCGGCUCCACGGCGCUGCACGACCUGAACGUCUACAUCAUCAAGAACAAGACAAAGAGUCUCAUCUUCAACGCCAAGGGUUACCAAGGUUACGAGUGGCAGAGAGCUAUGAUCUAUAUCCAUAACUACACCAUAACUGGUCUCUACCAGAUCCAGUUUGAAGUGGACGAGCCUGAUGACAGCUUCACCGGCACGGGGUACGCCAUCGACGACAUCAGAGGCAUCAACUGUGACUUGUCCCUCGACUGCGACUUUGAGAAUAAUACUUGCAACUACCUGAUCGAGCGUGACAACGACUACUACGACAGGAUGGAGUGGCGACGUGGAUCCGCCGUCCUCCAGACCGUCUUCAGCGACAUCAAGUUACUCCGCAAUGGCCCCAACGGCGACCACACGACUGGUCUGACAACCGGUAAGUUCAUGUACGCCGUGCGUCCCAUUAACUCCGGGACCAACACCACCCUGCUGUCUCCACGACAGCGACGUCCAAUGUGCUUCAUCCAGUUCUUCUACCACAUGGGUUCACGCUUCCUUAAUGACCUCAUCGUCUCCGUCAGGAAACAGGAUGCGACAUACACCGUCUUUAAAGUAAAUGGUUUCCAGGGCAACGAUUGGCAGAAGGCCCUGAUUGAUGUGCACAAUCAGACCAAGACUGGAGAAUACGAGAUUGCUAUAUAUGUGAAUGAGCCAGAUGACCAGGCAUGGACUGUAGGCUACGUUGUAGAUGACAUUGAGGGUUCUUCGUGCUACUGUAAGAGCAACCCUUGUUUGAACGGCGGAACGUGCACCAACAAGUUCCAUGACUUCCAGUGCACGUGCCCGUACCUGUUCACCGGUCAGAGGUGUGAGACGAAACAAGACGCGUGUGACCUGACGCCUUGCUCUAACGGCGGCAACUGCACCAACCUGGCAGAUGACAGGUUCUCCUGUGACUGUCAGCCGGGGUGGAUAGGAAGGACGUGUAAGGAGGAGCGGAACGAGUGCCUGUCAUUCCCGUGUGAACACGGCGGGUCGUGCACGGACAAAUUCAACGGCUUCACGUGCAGCUGUAUGCCCGGCUAUUACGGCCAGCAGUGUGAACACGAGGUCGACGAGUGCAUCUCAAGUCCGUGCCAGAAUGGAGCCGAGUGUAUAGACGAGGUAAAUUUCUACACCUGCAAGUGUAAACCAGGCUAUUUCGGGGUGUACUGCCAGUUUGACAUCGACGAGUGCGAAUCUAGCCCGUGUCAAAAUGGCGGAACCUGUGACGAUGACAUCAACUUCUACUCGUGUACCUGUGCUCCAGGUUAUACCGGACCCAACUGCCAGACGGAAAUAGACGAGUGUCUGUCGAUGCCAUGCGCUAACGGCGGCUGGUGCGUCGACAGGGUGGCGGCAUACAGCUGCUACUGCAAGCCGGGAUACUCCGGAACAACAUGCACGACUGAUGUGAACGAAUGCUGGUCAUCGCCAUGUCAAAAUGGCGGAACAUGCAUGGACAAGGAGAACACGUAUCUAUGUUUGUGUCCAGUGGCGUACAGAGGCGACCGGUGUGAGAUCGAUGUUGACGAAUGCGCGUCCAACCCGUGUAAGAACGGCGCCACGUGUCGCGAUCGGGUUGGCGGGUUUCGAUGUGACUGUCGACAAGGGUUCGCGGGAACCCGCUGCGAAAAGUCGCUCGUUGACUGUGGAACUGACCCUUGUUAACCACGUGAUUCGUGAUAGGCUCAUAGAUAAAGAUAAUUAUUACAUUUCUUA